UUUGACACUUUUUAUCAAACACGUCAAAAGUCCGCUAUUUUUAACAAUAGCAUUUUCAUAUGUUACUUUUGGUCUUGAAAAUGAUUUUGGAAAGCAUUUAUCAUUUAAGAAAAAUUUGCACAAAGGUGCGAAAACCUUUUAUUUCUAACGUAAAUUGUAUACUGUUAUUAUGUUUACAUUAGCAGGAAAGUUAAAAACACCCAGACAUCUAAACAGGUUCCAUCGGGAUUCCUCCCAUGCAGAAUUCCUCCCACGGGAUUCCUCCAAUGGGAUUCCUCCCACCAGGAUUUCUCCCAUGGGAUUCCUCCCCCAUGGGAUUCCUCCCCCAUGGGAUUCCUCCCACACGGGAUUCCUCCCACAGGAUUCCUCCCACAUGGGAUUCCUCCCACAGGAUUCCUCCCACACGGACUUCCUCCCACAGGAUUCCUCCCACAGGAAUUCCUCCCACACAGAAUUCCUCCUACUGAAUACAGUGUAGAUAAGUGUAUAUUUAUUGGAGCAGCUGACAAUCUAGCUUUAAACAAUCCUCCUGCCAGGCGAAAGUAUAAAGUCCUAUCAGAGAGACUUGCUGCCAAAAACACCUAUCAGGCCAGCCAAAACAAAUUGGCCUACCUCAGAGCAGUUGCUAACAUUUUCAGCUCUGUAUGAAUUCUAAAGUAUAAAUUU